UAAAUUGAACAAACCGCUGGUUAAAGUAAACAUAACCGUUACAAAGACAACAUUUGAGGAUUAACACUGUUUACAGACCGCAUGACUUUGUUCAGGUGAAAUUCUGGGUUGCAGUGACAGCUGGAUCAAUGAAAAUAUAAGCGGAGACCUUUCACCUUUGACAAUGUUUGCUCCCAGCAGUAAUGGACGGAAGCUAUGACCCACCUUCCAACAGAACAGGCCGCAUGAGUUUAACAAAACAGGUCAGUUUCAUAACUGCGACUGUGGAGGUGAAGGUGCUUAGCGUGCUACAUGACCCCCUAACAGGAGAGAUGGCAGUGGAAGGCUCAAUAACUGCUGGUACGAGGCUUUAGGGGUGCAGCGCUGGCCUUGCCAGCACCAUGCAGCAGAAAGGUGCGAUCCAGAUCAUAGAAUGGGAGGACUUGGACAAGAGGAAGUUUUACUCCCUCGGUGUGUUCAUGACCCUGACCACCAGAGCCACCGUCUACCCGGCCAGCCUCAUCCGCACCAGGCUCCAGGUGCAGAAGGGUAAGGCCCUCUACUCCGGCACCUUUGAUGCUUUCUGCAAGAUCCUGCGAGCGGAGGGCGUGCGAGGACUGUACCGUGGAUUCAUGGUCAACACAUUCACACUGGUCUCAGGACAGGCUUAUAUCACCACUUAUGAGCUGGUGCGCAAGUACGUGUCCCAGUACUCACCCAGCAACACGGUGAAGUCAGUGGUGGCAGGAGGGGCUGCGUCACUGGUGGCACAGACCAUCACUGUGCCCAUAGACGUGGUUUCACAGCACUUGAUGAUGCAAGGACAGGGCGAGCAUUUGACUCGCUUCAAGGCAAAACCUAAAAUGAUGCUUGCAGCAAGUAAACGCAGACCAACCUUUGGGCAAACCCGGGAUAUUACAGUGCAGAUAUUUGCAGCAGAUGGCUUUAAAGGGUUUUACAGAGGCUAUGUGGCAUCACUGCUCACAUACAUCCCCAACAGUGCACUGUGGUGGCCUUUUUAUCACUUUUAUGCAGAGCAGCUGUCUUUGUUGGCACCCAGUGAGUGCCCACAUCUGAUUCUGCAGGCUUUGGCAGGACCAAUGGCAGCAGCAACCGCCUCCACUAUCACCAACCCCAUGGAUGUUGUUCGAGCAAGAGUACAGGUGGAGGGACGAUCGUCUGUUAUUGAGACAUUCAAGCAGCUCCUGGCAGAAGAGGGCGUCUGGGGGAUGACCAAGGGACUCUCGGCCCGCAUCAUUUCCUCCACACCCACGUCGGUGCUCAUCGUAGUGGGAUACGAGACCCUGAAGAGACUGAGCCUGCGUGCUGAGCUGAUAGAGUCCAGACACUGGUAAAACAAAGACCUAGAAGAGAGCCAGAAUUCACCUCAACUGAGCCCAGAUCUGAGUCCAGUCUCAGGGUAACUGCUCAGCCACGUAGCUGCUUCUGCACGUCUUUAGAUCCAUUAAAUGCAGGUGUAGUGCAGCAGAGUUCAAGUGUUGAUGUUUGUCUUUUGGUGCACUUAGCAGCUACAACCUCACCUCUUUUGCCCCGGCCUUUUAUUGCAGAUGGGUUAAUGUGAAACAUAAUCUUAAGCUUGACUGAUGACAAAGAAAGCAGCGUCUUCUCUAGGAAUAUUGAUAAAUGAAGCCCUUUUUUAAAUGACUGCCUCCUGUGCUGUAUAACAUGGAAUGAUGUUUCCAGUGUAAUUUCAUACCUGAAUUUGGGAACUUCAGGGUUGUUGUUUUAUAGUUGGUCAUACUUUAACUGCAUAAAAGAAGUCCAAGUUUGUGUAUCAUUUUUAGGAGAUUUCAAUGUGCCAGAAUCUAAAGACACAAAUGCCUUGUUUGUCCUUUUGAGCACAUUAAGAGCAGAAAAGCUUGAAAUCUCUGUGCAUUCCAGUGAAAACCUAAUUUCAUGCAGAGGUGUCAAAUAACUGCCGAUCAUUUUUGCCUUACUGUAGGCUUCAAUCAACAAAAAACAUGAUUUAUUGAAUUAAGACAAUGCAGUUAAGCUGGUAAAAAGUCACAAGUGUAUAUUUGAUGUGUGAUAAUGAAGCUAGAUUACAAAAUUAUACUUAAAAUUUGUUCAAUGUCUGUACUUAAAGGAAAAGAAAUACUCUAUUUAGCCAAUGGGGUUUUGUAAAUCUGAGGAAGUCCCGUUAUGUAAGUAGCUACGUUUGUGAUCAGUCUGUAGGUGUAAUGAUGAAAUCUGCAUAAAGAUGAGUUGAGUGGGCCAAUCAGGCAGGUGUUUCUGCUUGUUUUAGCAUCUUGUAUGUAAGUGGACUGCAAAAAACAAACCUGGAUCUUCAUACAAGAAAAGCACUGCAGCAUAAGUAGUGCAAUUUUCACCUCUAAAAUCAUAGCAAAGUUGUAGAAAUCCUGUUUUCUGCAUGCGUUUCUACUGCUUUUGAUAUUCUGAUUCAAGGGCAUGGACAUUAACGACACCACUGUUCUGCUGUUAUGUCAGCAGAAACGCAUUGUGGCAGAUUCAUGCAGCAGAAGCUUCACACCAGCAGAUACUCCAAAGUUGCCUUCAGGUUUCACUGGUAAUUGAAUGAGUGAAAGGUGCAGGCUACUGUUGUUACAGCCAUGAAAUACAGUUGGAAAAACUCAUAUGCAGCCAUAUUUAUAAACCAGUACUGCCAGGAACUCAUCUCAGUGAGUUUUCCUUCUUUUGUAAACUGCUUUUCAAACAGCACAGUGUUCAAGAAAAGGAUCAUGGACUCAGCAUUUCCUCCAGUUUCUGAAUUUAUGAGACUUAAUUCCUGGAAAAGUGAAUAUUAUGGACUUUUGCCUGUUAUGGAUGAGGUCUAUUCCUCGUUAACCACCUACCUGCUGUGUGUGUUUAUCAGAGGAUUGUAAAAAGCAAAGUUUGAUGUGUUUAAAGUUGCACAACUUGUGGACCGAUGAUGACAUGUAAUA